CCCACACCACCACACAUCACUACCACCCACACCACCACCACCACACAUCCACCACCACCCACACCACCACCACCCACACCACCACCACAACCACCAAUCUCCGGCCAUGUCGGACGCCUUCGACGCCGCCUUCGCUAGCGACGCGGCUCCUUCGGCGGCGUUCGCUGCAGGAGUGGACCACGCUGCGAUGGCGAGCCCCGCCACCCUCGGAGGCGGUGGUGGAGGUGGUGGUGGUGGAGGCGAUGAGGACCCCGCGGCCGCCUUCCUAGCCCAGCAGGAGAGCGAGAUGGCCGGCAUCGAGGGCAUGGCCGAGGGCGUGAUGAUGGCGGCGGCUGUUGCUGCUGCGGCAGACGGCGGCGGUGGUGGUGGCGGAGCGGUGGGGAUGAUGGGGAUGGUGAUGGGGGGUGGAGCGGUGAUGGAGGGAGACGUGGGGGCGAUGGAUGGAGAGGGAUUCGGGAUCCUCGACUCGGGAGACGUUCCGCACAGCAUCGGUGACGACUUUGACUUGGGGAUGAGUGGUGACCUCAACGGAGACAUGUACAAGGACGCUAAUGGCCCAUCCACAGCUGGAGGUGGUGGCCGUGGUUCCGACCUCCCUCCGGCACCGGAGCCGGAGUCUCUGAGGCGCUGGAGACACGAACAGAGGGAGAGGUUGGAUCAGCUGGACGCGGCCUCCCGCAAGGCCGAGUCCGAGUGGAGGGAGCGCGCCAAGCGGGAGCUGGACGAGUGGAGGGGUCGCCAGGGGGAGCAGCUGGAGAAGACUCGAGCAAACAACCGGGCUGCGGAGGAGGCGUGCGUUCGCGAGCGAGAGGAGGAGGAGGGCCCUGGCUCAGAGUGGGAGCGCGUCGCUCGCCUCUGCGACUUCAACCCCAAGACGUCCAAGCAGAGCAAAGACGUCUCCCGGAUGCGCAGUAUCAUCAUCUCCCUCAAGCAGAGCCCCCUCGUGCGCUAGCGGCGGCCACACCGGUACCUACGGCACGCCGGUCCUAUAGCACGCCGGUCCUAUAGCCCUAUAGCACGCCGGUCCUAUAGCCCUAUAGCACGCUAGUCACAUAGCCCUAUAGCACGCUAGUCACAUAGCCCUAUAGCACGCUAGCCCCAUAGCCCACUAGCUGGUUAGCCCACUAGCUGGUUAGCCCACUAGCUGGCUAACCCAGUAGCUGGUUAGUCCACUAGCUGGUUAGUCCACUAGCUGGCUAGCCCACUAGCUGGUUAGUCCACUAGCUGGUUAGUCCACUAGCUGGUUAGACCACUAGCUGGUUAGACCACUAGCUGGUUAGUCCACUAGCUGGUUAGCCCACUAGCUGGCUAGCUCACUAGCUGGUUAGCCCACUAGCUGGUUAGUCCACUAGCUGGCUAGCCCACCAGCUGGUUAGCCCACUAUCUGGUUAGCCCACUAGCUGGUUAGCCCACUAGCUGGUGAGUCCACUAGCUGGUUAGUCCACUAGCUGGCUAGCCCACUAGCUGGUUAGUCCACUAGCUGGUUAGUCCACCAGCUGGUUAGUCCACCAUCUGGUUAGCCCACUAGCUGGUUAGCCCACUAGCUGGUUAGUCCACUAGCUGGUUAGCUGGUUAGCCCACUAGCUGGUUAGCCCACUAGCUGGUUAGUCCC